AUGUCACUCGAGAACUGUCUUUUGUCACGCCGCGAACCUGUAGGCGCCCCUCCUGCGACGUCUACGUCGACUGCGAUUGGUAUAGACAAUACAAACUCCGCGCAGGAUUCCGCGACCGUGGUAUCGCCCGAAGAGGAUGUCGAGAAUGUCGGUGCCGACAAGACCGCUAUCUUAACCAGAAGGAUGGACCAGUCAAUUCAGCCUUGGAUCGCUCCUUUGAGCUCACAAAUCCGUGGACUAUUCCAGUAUUUUGCCAAUAACAUCGCCCCGGUCAUGGUUUUGCUGGAUAUCUCCAAUGGCUAUCGCGAUUUCAUUCUGCCCAUGGCUUGUCAGGAUGAGUUGCUGCAGCGCGCUGUUGCCGUGGUGGCUGCUCAGCAUGUUGGCCUCAGGCAACCAGCAUUACACGCAGCCGCGGAAGCAGAUCGCUCCAUGAUUAUAUCCCGUUUGUUGCGGGCCUCCAGUAUCGGGUCGCCCGAUCAGGUGUUCAACCCGGCUACAUGGGCAACGUUGCUCGUACUCCUCGUUGGGGAGACGGUAACUGGUAGUCCGGAGUACAAGUUCCUGCUCCAGACGCUGUUCACCAUGGCCAAGAACGUGAAGUCAUCGGGGCACCCUCAACUGCACGAGUUCCUUCUACGACAGACCGACAUGUUCUCAUUUUUGGGUCGGUCUCUACUCAACAAGGACGAGGGUUUUAAAACCUUAAGCCAUCCCGUGGACUCCGGGGUGUGGUUGCCGUCCAGCGUUCGUGCAGACGCUCAACACAAUAGAACACUCUGGCUGGCUAGACGAUCAUUCACGAUUGGCGCUCAGAUCUACCUAAUGCGGAUGACAUCGGACGAAAGCUCAUGGCAUCUGCGGGAAGAGCUGCGCCGGCUGAUCGCUCAAGCACAUCCGACGGAUCCGGGAGCCCAUGGGUUUGUUUGGCCAUGCUUUAUCGCGGCGGCGGAUAGUACGGAGCCAGAACAUCGCGCGUUCUUCACUCACUACAUGAGAGCCAUACACUCGAACACUCUCUUCGCAAACAUCACCAAGGCUAUCGACGCACUGCCCGCCAUUUGGAAGUCGACGAUGAAGAAGUGGACGGAGACUUUGCCUGAUGUUUCUCGGAUACUCAUUAUGUGA